AGCCGGGCUUUAAUUGGAAAAAGAGCUUAUCUCGACCCAACAGAAGCAACGACGGCGCAUCCCUGUCACGCCCGCCGAGCCCGCUCGUCAUCGCAAAGAAAAAGUUGAUAGCUUCGCCGGCCGCUGCAUCAUCCCCAGCACCUUGCUCUCCGACCUUCACCACCUUCCGUCCCUUUGUCGCCCAUCUCGCGGCGCCCAUUCUUUGAUUAAUUCGUCCCAAUGGCGCCGAACCUGCGCCCGCUCGCUGCUGGUAACCUCAUCGCGCAGCUCCAGCUGGCUGGACGCCGCACCUAUGCCACCUCCCGCCCGUCGCUCAUCGCCAACAGAGCGCGGUGGACGCCGCGGCCGACGCAGCACCAGAUUGCCCUGCGCCAGUCGAUCCGCCGCCAGUCCACCGAGGCGCCAAAGCCGAAGAAACGCUUCAGGUUCUUCCGCUGGACAUGGCGGCUCACCUACAUCUCGGCCAUCGCAGGCGCCGCAUACAUUAGCUACGGCAUCUGGGACAUGCGCAAUCCCGAAGAGCAGCCGCAGCCCGACCCAAGCAAGAAGACGCUGGUGGUUCUGGGGACCGGCUGGGGCGCUGUGUCGCUGCUGAAGAAGCUCGACUGCGAGAACUACAACGUCAUCGUUGUCUCCCCGCGCAACUACUUCCUCUUCACGCCUCUCCUCCCGUCAUGCACCGUCGGCACCAUCGAGCAUCGCUCCAUCAUGGAGCCCAUCCGCAACUUCCUGCGCCACAAGAAGGCCGCCGUCAAGUACUACGAAGCCGAGGCGACCAAGAUCGACUACGAGAAGCGCGUGGUGUACAUCAACGACGAAUCACCCAUCAAGGGCGAUGCGUCUGCGACAGAGGUGCCUUUUGACAUGCUGGUGAUUGGCGUGGGCGCGGAGAACGCCACUUUCGGCAUUCCCGGUGUGCGCGAACACGGCCUCUUCCUGAAGGAGGUCGGCGACGCCCAGCGCAUCCGCAACCGCAUCAUGGACUGCUGCGAGACCGCCACCUUCAAGGGCCAGAGCCCCGAUGAGAUGAAACGCCUGCUGCACAUGGUUGUUGUUGGCGGUGGCCCGACUGGCGUCGAGUUUGCGGGUGAACUCCAGGACUUCUUCAACUCCGAUCUGAAGAAGUGGCUCCCGGAGAUCAAGGAGACCUUCCACGUGACCCUUGUCGAGGCCCUGCCGAACGUCCUGCCCAUGUUCUCCAAGCAGCUGAUUGAGUACACGGAGAAGACGUUCAAAGAGGAGACCAUCACCAUCCGGACGAAGACCAUGGUCAAGAACGUCACUGACAGGUACAUCGAGGCCGAGUCGACCGGCCCAGACGGCAAGAAAAUCCUGGAGAAGAUCCCCUAUGGUCUGCUCGUGUGGGCCACCGGUAAUGCUCUGCGGCCCAUCGUCAAGGAUUUCAUGGACCAGAUUCCGGCGCAGAAGGACUCGCGUCGGGGUCUUGCCGUGAACGAGUACCUGGUUGUCAAGGGAUGCGACAACGUCUGGGCUGUCGGUGACUGCGCCGUCGCCAACUACGCGCCGACUGCCCAGGUUGCUGCUCAGGAAGGCGCCUGGCUCGCGCGCAUGUUCAACCAGAUGGCCAGGACGCACCAGAUUGAGGGAGAAUUGGCAGUGCUUUCCGAGAAGCAGGAGAAGGCGCCGAGCAAGGAGGCACGUGACGCCGUGUUCGCCGAGAUCAAGGACCUGCAGAAGCGCCUGCGGAGGGUCAAGCAGAUUGGCCCGUUCGAGUACACGCACAACGGCUCGCUGGCUUACAUCGGGUCCGAGAAGGCCGUCGCCGAUAUCUCCUGGCUGUCCGGCAACAUCGCGAGCGGCGGCACCCUGACCUACUUCUUCUGGCGGAGCGCCUACAUCAGCAUGUGCUUCAGCACGCGCAACCGGAUACUGGUGUGCAUAGACUGGGUCAAGUCGAAGAUCUUCGGCCGCGAUGUGUCGCGCGUCUAGCGUAAGCACCUGUAACGGCCUGUCUCAUUUGUCCAGAUUUCCUCUAAAAGUCGGCUUCCCUGUAGCGGGCGAUCCUCGCGGUUCCGCUCAGCGUUCUGUCCCUCUUCUCGUACAUAUACCAUCUCUGGUCACGCCUCUUGUACUACUGUAAUCCUUAUUUUGUGCGUUUAUCCGGGACCGGCUUCUCGGUCGGAUGAUAGGCACCCUGUCUAGAGCUCGGAGUUUAGCGCGUGGGCUUUUGCCGUGUGGAAUCUGAUAGAUUUGUCUUUUUGUGUAUCUGCAAGAUUUAGAGAGAAGUGGUAUCGACAAUGUACUAUCUUGAUUCCAG